GGGCCGGCGGGAGCGGCGCCGACGAGGGCGGAAGUGCGCGGCGGGGGCGCGCGGGCGGCGGCACCCCAAUGAGAGCGCGGGGGGCGGUGGCGGCGGCGGUUAAAGCGGAGCCGGGCGACAGGCUGGAGCCGCAGCGCGCAGCCGGGUCUUAGCCCCCAGAUCUAAUUGGUUGCCUGGCACUUCAUCUGUGGCAACUGGGACGAUGGCUGCCAGUAAGAGCAAGAACCAGAGUUCCUUAGCCCUCCAUAAAGUGAUAAUGGUUGGCAGUGGAGGUGUGGGCAAAUCUGCACUCACUCUUCAAUUUAUGUAUGAUGAGUUUGUAGAAGACUAUGAACCUACCAAGGCUGACAGCUACAGAAAGAAAGUAGUUCUGGAUGGUGAAGAAGUUCAAAUAGACAUUCUGGACACAGCAGGACAGGAAGAUUAUGCAGCCAUCAGAGAUAACUAUUUUCGCAGUGGGGAAGGAUUUCUUCUAGUCUUCUCAAUAACAGAGCAUGAAUCCUUCACAGCAACAGCAGAGUUUCGGGAACAGAUCCUGCGUGUGAAGGCUGAAGAAGAUAAAAUCCCUUUACUUGUAGUGGGAAACAAAUCUGACUUGGAAGAACGCAGACAAGUGCCUGUAGAAGAAGCUAGAAGUAAGGCAGAAGAGUGGGGUGUGCAGUACGUAGAAACCUCUGCCAAAACUAGAGCAAAUGUAGAUAAGGUAUUCUUUGAUUUAAUGAGAGAAAUCAGAGCAAAGAAAAUGUCAGAAAACAAAGACAAGAACGGCAAGAAAAGUGGCAAGAACAAGAAAAGCUUUAAAGAAAGAUGUUGCUUACUGUGAUGCUUGGGAACUGUUUCUACAGGUGGCAUGGAUAAGAUACCACCAAGGAUAUAGGGCUGGAUUCAUGAAAGGAAGUCUGUAUUGACUCCCUUAAUCUUUUGCUUCGCAUAUCACACCUUCAAAAUGUGAAAACAGAACUUUGAAACUAUUUCUGGUAUCCAACAAAACUUAUGCCUACUUAAACUGAAAUGCGCUCUGUCUUCCCAGUGUCUUUCAAAACUAGAAACAGUUUCAGAACUACAAUCCUUCUGCUUGGUUGUACAAAGUACUUUCAUAUUAACUUCCUAGUUUACUCUAAUGUUCCUCCAAAUAUGUUACUCUUGAACCUCUACUGGCCUUAACAAGCACAGCUGUUCAGGUUCAAACACUUGUUUUUCUACUGUUGCUGCCCUUCUUGAUGUUGCAAACUGCAGAAAAGCUAGAUGACAUCUGGUAAAGGGUUUGAGUCUUUCCAUGUUCUGCUAGUUGUCACUGAUAUUUCUUACGCUGAAAUCUGCUGGCUUCUCACACUCCAUGUAAGAAGUAACAACUAACACUGGAGUGUCAACUUAAGCUUCCUUCCAUGUUCUGUUUAGUCAAUACAGCAUUCAUGAAUCAAGCCUGUGGACUCAAUUCAGACUCAUUUAGGCAAUGCAAAAAUUGAUAUUUAAAUCCUGGCUGGAUGCAUUCCCCACUGGCCUGUCCUCUCAUCCUUAAAUUAAUGGUAUGGGGUGAGAAAAUGACUGUAAGCCUUUAUUCAAAAGGAAUAAUAUUGUCACAGUGUCCUUGAAAUACUGUCCUGGGUUUCUUCCAUGUAUUGUGGCUAGACUUGGCUACACUAUAUUUGUCAUCCUUCCCCUCCCUGGUACUGGAAUAGUGAAAAUCAGUGAUUUGAUUGGUUUUGUUUGUUGGAACACUUGUGAUCAUGUUGAAAAGUGGGAACAUCUGCAUCUGUCUCUUGUCUUGCUGCAGAUGAAAAAUCUUGAGUAAGGAUGGGUCACAUCACACAAACAUGACUUGGAAUAAGUGAGGCAUACAUGCUACCUCUCUUUAUGAUUAGCUGGCUAGUGAGUUGUGUGGUGUCAAAAAGCAAAGUUAAGCAGUUGCCACAUUUGUUACUCACUGCUAGUUUUAUACGUAUGUUUCUGAUGCACAGCAACCUAGCACAUGGGGAUGCAUGUUAAGUUUUGCGGUCAGUUAUGCAAUGGUGGUCAUGUUUAUCAAUAAAACCCUGCCUAGAAAUGGAGAAGUCAGUCCUUAGAAGGUGGUCUUGUCAGCUGAAUGAACUGAGCUUUCUAAUGCAGUUUAAAUGCAGCUGCCAAAAACCCACUUCUGUCACUGUGGAAAGUAACUGUCUCUUCUGAUGGUGGAGUCUCUCAAUGAAUUAUGGUUAUCUUCUCUUUCUGAAGGAGUAGAGAGACUUGAGUGACUAUUUUGCUUGGUAAGUGGAUGCUUGAGACAGUUACUUGCUGGAAAAAAAUAUGCUAUGUGAUUGUUCAAAAAAGCACACUGCAGUACUAAAUUAACAUAGUGUUUCUUGAGGUGAAGGAGUAGCAAAUACUGUUCAGUACUUAGUAUUGUAAUUUGAGGUUGAAAAACAUUUUAACAUGUACUAGAUUGCUCUUGUGCAUUCCACCUCUGAACUCUGAAAAAAUGUGUUGGACAUCAGAACCUCUGGCCUGAGGUUUCACAGGGACUUAUCACAAAUUCAUUGUCUUCCAUAACUAUUCAAUUUGUCAGGCAACUCAUUGGAUUGGGGAAACUGUACUAAAUAAAAGGUGCUGUAAUCUUCA